AUGAGAAUUCACACAGGUGAGAAGCCACAUUCUUGUGAUACAUGUCGGAAAAGUUUCAGUCAACUGAGUAAUUUGUUGGUCCACAAAAGAAUUCACACUGGUGAGAAGCCACAUUCUUGUGAUACAUGUAGGAAAAGUUUCAGUCAACUGAGUAAUUUGUUGGUCCACAAGAGAAUUCACACUGGUGAGAAGCCACAUCCUUGUAACACAUGUGGGAAACGUUUCAGUCAACUGAGUAAUUUGUUGGUCCACAAGAGAAUUCACACUGGUGAGAAGCCACAUACUUGUGACACAUGUGGGAGAAGUUUCAGUAAACUGAGUAAUUUGUUGGUCCACAAAAGAAUUCACACAGGUGAGAAGCCACAUCUUUGUGAAAAAUGUGGGAAAAGUUUCAGAAAACGGGAUAAUUUCUCCGUCCACAUGAGAAUUCACUCAGGUGAGAAGCCACAUUCUUGUGAAACAUGUAGGAAAAGUUUCAGUACAAAGGGUAGUUUGUCAGUCCACAUGAGAACUCACACAGGUGAGAAGCCACAUCCUUGUGAAACAUGUGGGAAAAGUUUCAGUCAACGGUCUACUUUACGGAGUCAUUUGUUGGCCCACAUGAGAACUCACACAGGUGAGAAGCCACAUACUUGUGAAACAUGUGGGAAAAGUUUCAGUACACGGGGUAGUUUGUCUGUCCACAAGAGAAUUCACACAGGUGAGAUCAAAGAGCUGAUCAUCCGAGAAGCCCGCAAGAGACGAGGGAAACUCCAGUAUCGUGGGUCAUCAAUCCAGAUCUUUGAGGACUACACACCAGAAGUCGCUGAGGAACGAGCUAAGUACCGAGCAGUGAUGUCCGACCUCUACAACCUCACUCUCCGGCCAGCUCUUCUCUUUCCAGCCCGCCUGCAGAUCACAUUGGAGAACGGAGACAGAAAGAGGUUUUCAUCCCUCGAUGAAGCCACCGCUUUCGUGGCUAAAUAUCAGCGAGAGCCCAAAUGA